AAAUGGGCUAAGCUUAAACUCAAUAAUAAUAAGAUAUGUCAUAAGCUAAUGAGCAUUUAUUGUAUUUGUAAAAGAGUAAGUUAAAUAAUUAUAUCUAUUUAGCUGCCACUACUGCAGCACAUUAUAUAUAUGGUAAUUAAGAAGAAGUUCAAUUUUAAGUUAAAUGUCCUAAAUGUAGAAGCAACUAAUUCGACGAUUAGUUAGGAAGAGUUACUAAUUGUUUUUAGUGCAAACUGAUCUUUUCUGUCAACGAUGGCUAGAUAUAAAUAAGACAAGAUUCUACAUAACUCGAAGACAAGAGAACCUUUUAAAUGACUGAAGUACAGUUUCCUCAUCUAGAAAACGUCACGUUCUAUGUGAAUAGGUUUUAAUUUCAUUUACUCUAGAACGAUACUUGAUCCAGCAUUAAUUAAAGAUAAUGUGAUAGACUUUUAAAGAUUAAUUAAAAACGUACUUUUACCUUUCUUUUCUGUACGUCAAAGAGUUUUGGAAUCAGGAAUCAAAUUCUCAAUAGGAUCCUUUGAAUUUCGAGUAGUAGGUGGGUUUCCAAGUAAAGGAAUUAUUACAAAGUAAACAUAAAUCUACUGUUAUGGAUAUUAUAUAUAAGACACAACAAGGAAAGUCAAGAUUUUAUCUAAGAAGCCUUCUUAACAAUUAGAUUUUGAAAUAAAGUCUUAUUUUAAUGUUAAUCCUAAAGACAAUUAGAUAAUAUAGGAUUCAACCAUCAAAGUUAACUAGCAAAAAUUACUGAUUUUAUAAUGUGACAAUUCAUCAGGCAAAAUUGAUAGAAAUUCUGUAAAAAUUAAUUUAAUCUUUCUUAGAUAAUUGAAAGUAUACCAAAUGUAUAGAAUUUAAGAGAUGUUAAAUUAUGCUGUAUAAAAAGUCCAGCAUAAUUUUUAACUUAUUAAUCUCAAAGAGAUCGUAGUAAAGAAGCAAUUAGAAGAACCAUCAUUAAUCCUUACUUCUCAGGCUUAACUAGAUUCUUAGAGAAGGGUUAGAUUUUGAGAAUUUCAGAUUUCGAAUUUUAAGUAUAAAUGUUUGAAGAUCAUGGACUCGUUGUACCUAAUUACACUUAAAUUGAUAUUGAUAUACUAUCAACAACACAACAAUAGAGAAUUUAAUAAAAUAGAUAAUUUGAAUAAUUAUUACCUCCUAGUUUAGUACCUAAUAGAAGAAAUGAUAUUCAUAGAUAACAUGCAUAAUAAAUAGAAGCACUUCAUCGAUUAUUAAAUACUUUCAUUCUUUUAAAUGAGAAUUAACAAUUACUACUUUCACUCAGAAAUAAUAGAACUUCUGAAGAAUAGAUUAAUUUAUUACCAGUACGUUAAAUUAGUAUGGAAUUUAUAAAUUAACAUUAAAAUGAUGACAAUCUCAUUAAAUGUAUGAUUUGUUUAGAAGAUUACUAAGAGAAUUAAAUUGUUCGUACAAUGCCAUGCUGUAUAAAAUAUUUAUUAUUAUAUAGGGCAUUACUUCCACUAAGAAUGCAUUGAUAAAUGGUUACACAAGAGUACAUUAUGUCCUAUUUGUAAAACUGAAGUGGAUUCAGAAUUAUAGAUGGAAGAUAUUUCGAUGCAAUUUCAUGAAUGAA